AAGAUCAUGAUCUGAAGGUGUUACACAGAAAGUUGCCCCCAACAUGGGAGGUGCAGCGGAUACCAGUGGAUUGCGGUAGUCGGCGAAAGAUUAUUUGAACACAACCCUAUUUAUUAUUCUGUGCCGUUUUGAUCCGAUUUCAAUCUAAAGACUGUAAAUAGACUCCUUUCAACUCCACUGUCGAAAAUCAUCCAGAACAGACAAGAGUUUAAGCCACGGCGGAGCAAGUUGAGUGUCUAUUUUUGUCUCCUGUCUUAAAAGCACAGUGUGUCAGUUCGUAUGAAGCUUUUAUUUCCAUAAAGACUUGAAUAAUGUCAACGACAUCGCUGGAUAAAGAGCUGCAGGAGCGUCUGAGAGAGGCCAGUGCCAUCGGAGACAUUGAGGAGGUGAAGACUUUAGUGGAGAGCGGAGUCAACAUCAACUCUCAGAAUGAGAUUAACGGAUGGACGUGUUUGCAUUGGGCCUGUAAAAGAAACCACAAACACAUAGUGGCCUAUCUGUUGAAUGCCGGAGCCGACAAAGACAUUCUAACAGCGAAAGAAGAGUUAGCCGUUCAACUCACUUCCAAGCCUGAAAUCAGAAGACUGCUUGGAGUGGAAGAGGAAGACAUUCCUGAGGUGAAGGAACCAGAGCUGCCAAUCAUUCCAAACUAUCUCUCCAACCCGCCCUUCCUGUACAGCAAGAUGGAUAGUGACAACCUGAGCAUAGCACAGCGGAACGGCACCAACAAUCAUCCAGAGCCCCUGGAGUCAGAACCAGCGACUUUAUCACCGACACAAGAGCAGCAGCUUCCGCCUCCGCAUCAGCAGCCCAAGAGCCUUUACUCAGACAGCCAGAGCCAGCAGGAGUUACCCUACAUCCCCGUGGUGGAGCAGAACGGCGUGGUGAAUGGCGGCCUGCCCAUGGAGCUCUCCUCAGAGACUCAUCACACCAACCACUGCGAGUUUACACACCCUCAUCCUAUAGCACAGAACGGCCCAGUGUGUCCCACGCUUCCUUCUCCCAGCGGAAGCAGCGGCCAGCCGCAGGUCCCCAGCGCCAGCGUCACCCGGCAGCAGUCCAUCCCGCAGCAGAUCAACUGCUCCCAGCUCGGUGGAUCCAUGCCGGCCUUCCAGCCCUUCUUCUUCACCAGCACCUUUCCCGUUAACGUACAAGAGCUCGUCCUGAAGGUGCGCAUCCAGAACACCAACGUCAGAGAGAACGACUUCAUCGAGGUGGAGCUGGACCGGCAGGAGCUGACGUACCGCGCACUCCUCCGCGUGUGCUGCCGCGAGCUGGACAUCAGCGCGGAGCACGUGGAGAAGAUCCGCAAGCUGCCCAACACUAUGCUCAGAAAGGAUAAAGACGUGGCACGGCUACAGGAUUUCCAGGAAUUGGAGGUGGUGCUGGAGAAAACCGAAGGCUUGUCUCUGUUCUCCGGAGGUCAGGGAGGUCUGACCGACAGGCCCUGCUACAACAUGAAGGCCUCCAGGCUCACCUACUAGCUUCACAUUACAGACUCAGAGAGGUUUAUCUGGGACCUGCUUCUUGAAAUCCCAAACACAUUUCAGAUCCCAAAAUAUGCUCCCGUGUUGGGUUGGUAAACGGUUCAUACAAGAUGUUAGCCUUAUUCCUCCUCUCCUUCAUUAACAGAUGUAUCUUUAGUGCCUCCUCCUCCAUUGUAACCAUAGAUAGCUUGUUCUACGGGUUUGACUUGCUCCGGGGUGGAUGGGGUUUGCGAUUUGAAUCUUCAAAUCCAUUCAGCUCACGACUGGACUUUUGCAUACUGUCAGGCCGCGGGGCGUUCAGAUCCGUCCCACUGCCUUGCCUUCAUAUCGGGUCACUGUGUGAGAGUAGGCAUUUCAUCAUACAUCCAACAACACUGUCCUAUCGCAAGAGGUCUGUCCAACAUGCUGGCCAAUCAGUUGUUUAGUGGUUUAUAUGCCUGCAUUGAUUGGAGGAAGCCACGCUAAUUUCAUACCAAUGCUUUGAAAUCAAAAAAUGUUUUGUUUGCCAGACAACUCUCUGUGCACUUUACCAAAACCUUGCCAUUAUGAGGGAAGCGUCCUUUAUAUUUAACCCUUGAGAAUUCAGUGCUGUAUUUUGAAUGCUGUUCUAUCAGUCACUGUAAGCCAAAUAACUCGUUCUAUAAACUAGCAUGGACUGUUUGGAGUCGAUCGGCCUCGUGUAUGAACGCAAAAUGUCCUUGUUUCUCUUUAACUUCACGAUGUAGCAAAAGAUUUCUUGGUUUUCCCCUAGGAGGAGCUGAAUUGGAGAUGCGUAAUAGGAUAUUUAACCACUGAGAGCUUCCAGUCAGCAUCAUAUUGACUUCUCUUGAGUGCUUAGUUCUCACAUCUUUGAGAAGCAGGAUCUGUGUUCAAGAUAUAGAGGUAAUAGUAGUGCCAUUUUACUAAACACUUCGCUGCAUUGUUGAUUAUGAACAUAAAAUAAAUUUCUGGUCGCAUUUUUGGUGGGGAAUGCUUGAGGUUAGGUUUAGAAGCGGCGCAUAAACACUACUUUGUUGUAAAUUAGCUUUUUGACUUGAUAGAGUUUGUGUUACUGUGAGAAGAAUUUCUAAAGAUUUGUCUUACGAAUUGUUUUUAGUUUUCUCUGAGGGUUUGACUGUCUAACCAAGCAUACGAUCAUUAAACAUUUGUUAACAAUAUGCUACUAUUGUUGAGAUGUAACAUUAGCCCCUUGGAAAGACACUGAUAAAUUAUUGACAUUA